AUGGAUGCUUUGGGGACCACCAGCCUCUUCUUGGUGGUCUUCCUGGUCUUUCUGGUGGCCUGGAGAAAUGUGGAGGCCAAGAGGAAGAACUGGCCACCUGGGCCAACCCCUCUCCCCGUCAUUGGCAACCUCCUCCAGCUGAAGGGAACCAGCACGGCAGGACAGCUGAAGAAGCUGAGCGCCAAGUAUGGUUCUGUCUUCAUGGUGUAUUUCGGCUUGGAUCAGAUAGUGGUCGUCUAUGGCUACAACGUGGUGAAGAAAGUCCUUGUGGACAGUGGGGAUGAUUUCCUCAACCGGGGAAGAUUUCCAAUACUGGAUAAGAUCAACCGAGGAAUUGGCUUAUUCACAUCCAACGGAGAGCGCUGGGUCCAGCUCCGCCGCUUCUCCCUCAUGACCUUGAAGAACUUUGGGAUGGGGAAGAAAAGCAUCGAGGAACGGAUCCAGGAGGAGGCCCAGCACUUGGUGAAGGCUCUCAGGGAGACCAAGGGCCAACCCUUGAGCCCAACCAACAUUUUCAACUGUGGCACAGGGAACGUGAUCAGCCAUAUCCUCUUGGGUGAACGGUUCAAUUACAAGGAUGAAGCGUACCUCCGGAUCCUCCAUUUCAUUACCCAUGGCUUCCGAAUCGAAUGCAGCUUUGCAGGAAAGCUCUACAACAUUUUCCCCUGGAUCAUGGACCACUUGCCGGGCCCUCAUCAAACCAUGUUCAAGGAAGCCUUCAGUGUCCAGGACUUUGUCACCCAGAAGAUCGAGGAACAUGUGAGGACUUUUGAUGCCACAAAUGCUCCUCAGGACUUCAUUGAGGCCUUCCUCCUCAAAAUGGAGAAGGAGAAGAUCAACCCAAAGACUGAAUUUACUACAGAGAAUCUGAUGAUGUCAAUUUAUGACCUGUUCGUUGCCGGGAUGGAGACCACCAGCACCACCCUGAGGUUCACCCUGAUGCUGCUGCUGGAACACUCGGCAGUGGCAGCAAAGGUCCACAAGGAAAUAGACUCCGUGAUUGGGCAGGAGAGCCCACCCGCCAUGACAGACCGCCCCAGGAUGCCCUACACAGAAGCUGUCAUCCACGAAGCCCAGCGGGUUCUUGAUCAUAUCCCUUCUGGGCUUGUUCGAAAGGCAAAGAGGGAUGUGGAACUGGAAGGCUUCAUCAUCCCAAAGGGUGCGACCAUCCUGCCCAUGCUGACCUCCGCAUUGAAUGAUCCUGAGCAAUUUGAAAAUCCACACCGUUUCGACCCAGAACAUUUUCUGGACGAGAAAGGGAAUUUCAAGAAGAACGGAGCAGACCUGCCUUUCUCUGCAGGAAAGAGGAACUGUCUUGGUGAAGGACUGGCCCGGAUGGAGCUCUUCCUCUUCGUCACGACCAUCCUGCAGAAUUUCCGCCUGAAGUACGCUCCGGGGGUCACCAAGAUCGACCUCACCCCGGACGUCAGUGGCUUUGCAAACAUCCCACGGCAAGUCCCGUUCUGCUUCUCCUCACGCUGAGGAGCUCACUCCACUCUCAUGACGUUCUCAUGGAGUUCGCUCUUCCAUUUCAAUGACAAUAAACCAAGCUGAUCUUACCCUAGACCAAUGAUGGGCAACCUUUUGCACUUGGUGUGUCAAAAUUCACCAAAAAAACCUAGCAUGACUUGGGUGGUGUGUCACUUUGAGAAAAAAAAACCCAUAAAAAAACCCCUCCCUCUUGAUCUUCCGUGAAAAAGUAAAAACGUGGCUCUCAUCAUCA